CCUCAUCCCUCCAUGAGUUUCGUUUCCACGGCUCCCUCUGCUGCCUGCCUUUACAGAACUCUUGGGAGUGUGGAACAAGCCAAUUAGUAUCGAAAAGCCUUGUAAAGACAAGGAGAAGCACAUGGACAAGGGGCUUUUAUUAAUAUAAAUUGAGAUAUUAUAUAUCUCAAGACAGGAUAAGAUUAAAGAAAUUUCAUUCUGAAGUAGAAAUAUCAAAGGGUUCAUAGAGACCAACAAAUCUGAAGAUGACAAGAUGUACCCCUGCUUGUAGUCCUAAACCUCUGACAGACAUCUAGACUAAUCAACCACAGAUUCCUUCCUGCUGGGAUCUCCAAACGCUCCUAGCAGUUGGCCCCAGGCAACUUCUACCAACCAGAACUGCCAAAACAGGAGAACCUACUUUACAUCCUUGGUUCUAACACCUCUGUAGCAGACAAGGGCACUGAGGACUGGAGGGUCAAAUGAGAGUGGGGUGCAGCCUCCUCUUCCCUCCUCUCCCCCACCCUGGGCAGCUGCUGAUCCCGAAGAUCACAGGUGAGGAGGUUCCAGCCGAGAAAAUGGAGGAGAUGCUGAUAGAGGUGACAAAGAACGUGCAGCUCUUUGAGGAGAAGUUUCUGCAGGACAAGAUGUUCAUCACUGCGGACUACGUCUCACUGGCUGACCUGGUGGCCUCGGUGGAGAUGAUGCAGCCCAUGGGGGGCAACCAUAACGUCUUCCUCAACAGCUCCAAGCUGGCUGAGUGGCGCAUGAGGGUGGAGCUGGCCAUUGGCUCUGGCCUUUUCUGGGAGGCCCAUGACCGGCUGGUGAAGUUGGCAGAGUGGGACUGUUCCACCCUGGAUCCGGUAGUCAAGGAGAGGAUCUGCGAGUGGCUACAGAAGUACAACUAGAAGCAGCCCACCCUGCAGGGCCUGGCCAGCCCAGCCCUCUGAGCCUCCUUUCUUAGGGGAGAUGCUGAAAGCAAUUCCAUCUCUUUGCCUAAUAAUAAAGACCUGGACCGAC